GCCCCGGCGGCAGGCGACACGGCCCUAUAAAUACGACGGCAGCCGCUACCUCGUCCUCUGUAGCAAACCAACCGUGUGCCACAGUACAGUUCCAAGUUCCCUGUCAACCACAACACACCACAGCAAGCCAUGGCUCCCAAGAAGGGUCUCCUGCAGCGGCUGGACGAGGGCGUGGUGAUCGGCGAUGGCGGGUUCGUGUUUGCUCUGGAGAAGCGAGGAUAUGUCAAGGCAGGACCCUGGACUCCCGAGGCCACCGUGCAAUAUCCUGAUGCAGUGCGUGGGCUGCACCGGGAGUUCCUGCGUGCCGGCUCGGACGUGAUGCAGGCCUUCACCUUCUACGCCUCAGACGACAAACUGUCCAACCGCGGCAAUGAGUCCAGCGCCAAGUAUACGUGUCGUGGAAUCAACGAUGCCGCGUGCAGGCUGGCUCGCGAGGUGGCCGAGGAAGGCGACGGGCUGGUUGCGGGCGGCCUCUCCCAGACACCCACCUACCUCUCAGGCAUGAGCAAGGCAGACACACAGAAGGAGUUCCAGAAGCAAGUUGAUGUCUUCGUCGAGAACAAAGUCGAUUUCCUUAUUGCUGAGUACUUCGAGCACGUGGAGGAGAUGGAGUGGGCAAUCGAAUCGUGCCUCAAGUCCGGCCUGCCUGUGGUGGCCUCCAUGUGCAUCGGGCCUGAGGGCGACCUGCACGGCAUCACCGUCGAGGAGUGCGCCGUCCGCAUGGCCAAAGCCGGGGCCCACGUGGUGGGCAUCAACUGUCACUUCGACCCCUUCGUCACCCUGGAAGGCCUGAAGAAGAUGAAGGCAGCCCUGGACGCGGCGGGUCUCAAGGUUCACCUCAUCGCCCAGCCCCUCGCCUUCCACACCCCGGAUGCCCAGAAACAAGGCUUCAUCGAUCUGCCAGAGUUCCCCUUCGGGCUGGAGCCUCGCAUCUGCACCCGCUGGGACAUGCAUCGCUACGCCAGGGAAGCCUACGAUCUCGGGGUGCGGUACAUCGGCGGGUGCUGUGGCUUCGAGGCGUACCACAUCCGUGCCGUGGCCGAGGAGCUGGCCAAAGAGCGCGGGAAGCUGCCGGCGGGGUCUGAGAAGCACGAGCAAUGGGCCGGCGGGCUGAGGAUGCACACCAAGCCGUGGGUCAGGGCAAGAGCCGGCCGCCAGUACUGGGAAAACCUGCGUCCUUCCUCGGGCCGCCCAUUCAGCGCCGCCAUGUCCAAGCCCGAUGCGUGGGGCGUGACUGCCGGUGACGCGAGCCUCAAGCAGAAGAAGGACGCCACUACUGAGGAGGAGCUGACAAACCUUGCGAAAUCCUGCAAAGUAGCGAACGGGAAGUGAGGCAGAGGCGCGGGACGGGAGCUUACAGAUAUGUCGGUGAGAUGACGUGUGAACACAAGUGACCGGUGGUGUGUGUGUGUGUGUGUGUGUGUGUGUGUGUGUAGGUGUGGGUGUCACCUGUUGCGAUAUUUAUUACUGUGACUUCCAGUAAGAAACUACAACCCCGAAACUCACUAUUUUAUUGAACACCACCACCAAUAAUAAUAAUAAUAAUAAUAAUAAUAAUAAUAAUAAUAAUAAUAAUAAUAAUAAUAAUAAUAAUAUUAAUAAUAAUAAUAAUAAUAAUAACAAUAAUAAUAAUGACGGAUACACACACAAGAAAGAUGACUGUCUUUUUUCAGUACUCGCUAGGAAUAUUACAACGGUGGCCGGGCGUAACAGGCAGUGAUAAAUGACAAUAACAUUAUGCACGUGUGACGUGAGAAUGCUGAAAUCUGUAUAAUUAUAAGUAGCAGCACAGCACCUUAUUAAUAUUAGAUAUAGCAUCGCCGCCCUUGCUGUCCAAACAUCACUUAAAUUUAGGGCAAUGGACAUUAUAUGGUAUGGAUCGCCAAUGAAUGGCUUAUGGCAAUGUAUGUUAUAUGGAUUAGUAUGCGUGUCUUACAUACGAGGACUGGCCACUGGCUCGUUGCUUCCCUUGUGUUAAGUCUACUGAGUGGGUGGUUUGGUACAGGCAGGCGGCCAUUGUGAUUUAAAAUAAAAGUUACUUAAAUACUA